AGCUCCCCUCCCAAGAUGGCUGCCGUGUGAGGACGUCGGUCUCCAUUGCUCCAAUGGCCAACAGCGGAUUUGUCUGAUCUAGCUUUUAUAUAACUAUGCUGGAAUUCUAGCCUUCAUGAUAGCUAUGGGAAACACAAAACAUUUAAAGAUGAAUGGAGAUGAAAAACAGAACUACGAAGAAGCUGUUAAAGAACUGAAGGAACUGAGGGUGAAAGUAGAGAAAGCUGAUGAUGAGGCAGCCAGGCUAGUCUUGGACAAACUGAAUGAAGAAGAUGCCAAGAAGAAGGCUAAGCAGGAGAUGCUGGUUUAUUCAGACAAGCAGAGGAAUUCUAAGAAGGAAUUUGACCAGAACAUAAACACUCUGCAGGAUGAAAUCCAAAAGCUUUCCAAACAAAAACAAGAUCUACUGGAUGAACUGAAAAAAUAUCAUGACCAGCUGGAGGCUCAGCGAGCUGAGGCCACGAAACUGAAGGAAAAAUUCAAGAUCUACGCUCAGAUUCCAAACACAGAUGUGAAGUUUCUGUCUCAAAUGAAAGAGGAGACAGAGGAUGAUGAUGAUGAUGAUGACAGCAGACAGUUGAUCAGAGGAGUGUUUACCAUCAGCCAGAGAGCUGCAGUUCUGCUCCGAGGAGGACAGGCACUCAUCACCUUUGAGGAGGAAAAAGUGGCCUCUAAGGUCCUGAUGAUGACCCGCUGCCUCGUGUCGUGUGAGAACACCACUUUGAAUGUGAAACCUGAAAAGAUUACCAUAGAAACUCCUAUAAAGUUUCAGAUUCACCUUGAUGUCUCCAGAAAGGAGCUGGAAGUAUUGGAUAUUCCUCCCGCCAUGCCAGUGGAGAGAAUGAAAGACCGAUUGGAGAUGAGUUUUUCUCGACCCAGCAGGGGAGGAGGAGAGGUGGAGAAGGUGGAUUAUGAUGAGAAUACAGGAACAGGACGCAUUACAUUUCUGCAUCCUGAAGUUACUAUGAGCCUGGCUAUGAGAGGAGAGUACCAUGCACAUCUAAAGUCUGAUGUAAACCUCAAGGUUGGACCAGUAUACAAAUAUGACCUGCAGAAGUUUCAGACCUUUUGUGGCACUGCGAAGCGUACCAUCCUUCUGGAUGGAGUCGAGGAUGCAGAGGAGGAAGAGGACCUGCAGGACCACCUUGAAAUCCACUUUCAGAAGCCCAGCAAUAGUGGUGGUGAGAUUGAGAACAUCAAGUAUAUCUCCAAAGGAAAGGCUCUGCAGGCAUUUUUCUGUGAGGACCUCAUGGACUGAAGUCCACCAACAGCACCUCCUGUAGUUAUUGUGAAUACAAGCAAGAAGAUCUUCACCUAUCAGAUUAUUAAAAAGUUUUAUUAUUUUCAUUUCAAGGUUGAUUAACUUACAAAAUAUGUUUGUAUUUCAUAAAUUAAAGGGUUUUUUCUCAUUCUGGCAUUCAGGUUUCCUAUAGUUCAGAAAAACCUAGAAUUAUAUGCUUGCAUUUUACAUGUCUGGAUAAAAAAGACAAGAAAAAGGUAUGGAAAAACAUGUUGUCAGACUUUAUUGUAGAACACUAUUCAGGGCUGUGUUUGCCCACAUUUAUUCACUUACAGCAGAUACAGUUAUAUACAGUAUGUAAAAAUCCUAGUAAAGAAAUUUUUGGGCAAAAUUUCUGACUGGGUUUCUUUUGUAUUUGUAAUUGUUUUAGUCUUUUUCUCAGGGAUUGUUUUACUUAGAUGAUUUUCUUGCUGAAUGAGUCAGUGGAGUUUUUUUUCUUGUUUUGUUUUUAAUUGAAUAUAUAAUAGUUUCCAUGGUUCCUCAUUAGAUGCAUCAUUUAGUACUCUGCGUUGUAAAAAUUCUCAUUCUAAAGACACGUUUUUGUCAGGAUGUUUGGUUUUCUUUGUGUUAUUUGGUAUUUUACUUGUUCCCCAGUGUUUUCAUCACUAUCUGUACCUUUUCCCAGUUUCUGCUGAUCAGUCGUGCCACCCCCACUUACACCUGUUUCCUGUUAACAUUAAGCACUUCUGUCUCAAAUGUCCUCAUCGACCCCAGUCCACAUAGUCUCUCAGUUUUCAUGUUUCUGUAGUGUAGCGCUGUGCUUCCAUUACCCUUCUGAUUCUCCUCUGUCACGUGGAAUUUUGGUGUUUUGAAUCUUGUGCUGAUGAUAUUAAAUGACAGUUAAAGUCCA